AUGGAAAAAUAUCCGGCAUAUAAGAAAGGGGUGGUGGAUUGUACCAUACCCCCGGACCUGAGCCAUGUGGCAGGCAAGAGCAUUGUUAUUACAGGAGGUGCUAGUGGUAUGGGCGAGCAGGCUACUAGGGCGUUCGCUAGAGCAGGAGCAUUUGUCACCUUCGGCGACGUGAAUGAAGCUGCAGGUAGAAAGAUUGAAGCCCAGCUUGGUCCGAACGCUCAAUUUUUUCCAUGUGAUGUGACCGAUUUUGAGUCCCAGCGAGAGAUGUUCCGUCAAGCAAAGGCCAAUUCGCCCAGCAAAACAGUGGACGUUGCUAUUGCAAAUGCUGGUAUUACUGGUGCUGACCCGAUAUUUUAUGGUGAAGAUAUUGGGGAUGAGCCACAGGCACCAAAUCUCAAUAUCCUCAACGUCAACGUGAACGGGGUCAUCAAUACAUGCAAGCUUGCUCGGUAUUACUUCAAGCAACACGAACUUAUUCCGGGCAGAGACCGGUGCUUCAUUGUCUUGUCUAGCGCCGCGGGCUACGGGGACGUCCCAGGAGGGCCUAUCUAUAUGAUGUCCAAAUUUGCGGCACGCGCUUUGAUGCGAUGUCUUCGCCGCACCACAUUCCUUGACGGAAUCCGUGCAUGUGCUUUGUCUCCUUGGUAUGUUGAAACCAAUCUCAUGAGCCCAAGUGUCUAUCAGCACGCAAAGUCGAAGGGUGUGAAAUUUGCAGACGCCGCCGACGCAGCCGGUGCGAUGUUGAAAAUUGUGUCCGAUGGCUCAAUCAAUGGACGGUGUUUUACAAUCGUCAACCGCGAGGAAGCUCCUUUCGGAUACUACGACAUGGAUGUCGAUGACUAUCCGGAUGGAUCCAGGGCCGAUGAUCAGCAGAAUAUUCUGCUAGCAACUUCCCAACGGAUUCAGGUACCACCUGCCAAUCAAUAG